AUGUGACGUCACGCCGCACCCUCAGUGAGGUUGCGCGAGCUCCCGAAGAGUCCCAAACACAACACUACACGACGAAACCGGACAGAAGAUCACCGAAUCUGUGAUAAAAUGACCGUUAUAUCACCAAAAGAGUGACAGUCCUUCGAAGCGUACUGUUAAUCAGGUUCCAGUUUUUCUUGCCUCCAGCUAUGUCUUGUCGUGACAUUCACGCCACCAAUGCUUUCGCCUUCAUCAUUGCGAUGCUGUCGGUGGCCGGUCUGACCGUCGCCACGCUUAUUCCCCAGUGGAGAACCACCCGCCUGCUCACCUUCAACCGCAAUGCCAAAAACGUGACUGUGUACGACGGCCUGUGGACCAAGUGUGUGCUGCGUGAUGGUUCUUCGGGUUGCUAUUACUUUGAUUCAGACUGGUACGCAAAAGUAGACCAGCUGGACCUCAGACUGCUGCAGUUCUGUUUACCUGCUGGUCUGCUGUUUUCCAGCUUGGCUCUUCUGCUCUGUCUCACUGGCAUGUGUAAAACUGCUUGCUGCUCCAAAACUCCUGACGAUGUCAAGAACUCCCGCUGCUUGGUCAACAGCUCAGGCUGCCAUCUAGUGGCUGGGAUGCUACUGUUUCUAGGUGGGGCCAUCGCCAUGCCGCCCUCUGUCUGGUUCCUGUUCCACACGCGUAACCUUAACGAGCGCUACGAUAAUCUGUUUGCCGUAGAGUUUGGGGUGUAUGUGGCCAUCGGCAGUGCUGGUGGUCUGAUCUUAGCUGCUCUGCUGAUGUUCAUGUGGUAUUGCAUGUGUAAAAAACUGCCUUCACCCUUCUGGCUACCUCUACCUGAAGGGCCUGCGAUGACCAACAGCCUCUCCGCGCAGCCCCUCAUGACCAACGGCUUGCCUUCUCCUGUGACAUACGCACCCCAGACCUUCCCUCCGGCUGUUCUGGAUGCCCCCGUUUUUGUCCCAGCACAGGGUUACCCUCAACCUGUACCCACACAGCCUAUGCUGCCCCAUGUCUACAUGCCACAGAUGUCCAUACCUGAUGGUUACGGCUCAGAUAUGGGAGCCUCACAGGCAUAUAGUUAUGCUCCCUCUAGAAGCUACGCACCUUCUCAGGGAUACGCCCCCUCACAGAGGUAUGCUGGGCACCGCUAUUCCACACGCUCCCGAAUGUCCGGCAUUGAGAUUGACAUUCCUGUCCUUGCUGACUGACACUGAGUUGGUUGUUUCAAGUCAAACUGGUCAAACUGGUAUUCUAUUUCUAUAACUAAGAAAUGAUAAAUUAGCUGUGGUAGGGAAUUUGAAGUGUACAAAACAGUGAAAUUGAAAGAACGCCUUUAGUCAAUUAGUGUAGCAGGUACCUCUUAGUUAUAACACUGAAAAUGGCCAAAAAAGGUCAUCAAAGCAAUAACACAAGUGGAAUUAGGAGGUUGCGUACCUCUCUCUCAAUGAGCUUUGUUCAUUAAACACAAGCAGAAUAAAUUUCUGUGUAAACUGUUCAUAAUUUCAAUGAGUAUGUUGCAUUUAUUUCAGUGUGACAGGUUUAUGUAUUAUGUACACACAGAUAUACUUUCUGCUAAUUUUCAUGACCCUAAUGUCUUUAUUCUGCUUUUUAAACCUUGAUAGUAACACUGAACUAAUUGUUGAUGUUAAGUUUUAACCUGUCAGUGAAUAUGCAUGCUAAUAUCUAAAUGUGAUAAGUAAAUGCUAGAAAGAGACGCAACCUACAACCUGUUUUAUGACUGCUUAAACUUGUAUUACUGUUAAGCCACGAAG